UCCAUCGUCACCCAAGUGAGCGCAGCCCACGACCGGCAGCUCCUGUGGGCGUCCAACGAGGCGGCCGUGCUGCGGCUGCAGGCCCUCCUGCGCGGCUUCCUGGCACGGCGGCGAUUCGCGGCCCUGCGGCAGCAGCAGAAGGCAGCUGUGAGGAUCCAGGCUUGCUGGAGGGGCUACCGGCAGCGCAAGGCUUACCUGCAGCGCCUGCGCUUCCUGCGAGCCCACGUGGACGCCGUGAUCAAGAUCCAAGCGGCUGUGAGGAUGUGGAGGGCUUGGAAAAGGUACCAGGAGAGGCUGCGCCACUUCAGGAAGAACCUCGGAGCUGUCAUUAAGAUCCAGGCUUUUGUGAGAGCUAACAAAGCCCGCGGGGACUACAGGAUGCUGGUCCAUGAGCAGAGCCCUCCGCUGGGCGCCGUGCGGCGCUUCGUCCACGUCCUGGAGCAGAGCCAGCACGACUUUGUGGAGGAGGCGGAGGUGCUGCGGCUGCGGGAGGAGGUGGCCAAAAGGAUCCGUGUGAGCCAGCAGCUGGAGGGCGACCUGAGCCUCAUGGACGUCCAGAUCGGGCUGCUGGUCAGGAACCGCGCCACGCUGCAGGAGGUGGUGUCGCAGUGCGGGAAGCUGACCAGGAAGAACAGGGAGCAGCUGUCGGAGCUGAUGUGCCUGGACAAGCAGAAGGGGCUCAAAUCUCUCAGCAAGGAGAAGCGGCAGAAGCUGGAGGCCUACCAGCACCUCUUCUACCUGCUGCAGACGCAGCCCGGGUACCUGGCCAGGCUGCUCUUCCAGGUGCCUCAGAACAAAUCCACCACGUUCCUGCAGCCCGUCAUCUUCACGCUGUUCGGCUACGCUUCCCACCCGCGGGAAGGCUUUCUGCUGCUGCAGCUCUUCAAGGCGGCCCUGCAGGAGGAGAUCAGGUGCAAAGUGGAUCACGUCCACGACAUCCUGACGGGGAACGCCGCCGUCAUCCGCAUGGUGGUCAGCUUCUACCGCAGCGCCCGCGGGCAGAGCGCCCUGAGGCAGAUCCUGGGCCGCCCGGUGCGGGAGGUGCUGCAGGAUGCGACCCUCAGCAUCCGAACCGACCCCGUGGACAUCUACAAGGCGUGGGUCAACCAGGCCGAGUCACAGAGCGGGCAGAGGAG